CAGGCUUGUGUUGGCAACUAGCGGACUGGCUGCGCCUAGGCCUGGGGCUGGGCGGCCUCGGCACGAUGCCGGCGGUGUCGCGGUGGCCCAGGCCAGGACCGGACGCUCGGGGCCUUUCGCGACUGUAGCGGCUCUCAGGCUGCCUUAACUUCCCGGUGGCAGGGCCUCUUUGGACCCAGCGGCUGCGGGCACACUGUAGGGCAGGAGGAUUCCCCCACCACCAUCCCCCGACACACACUCUCCUCCCCGCUGCCGCCCGCCAUGUCCACAGCACCGGCCGUGGCGACGGCCGAGGCCCAGGAAUCCGGCUACAGGAGGAAGUCCAGCAGUCCCCGUCAAAUCCCGGUGGUUGCGGUGGUGACGGAGGACGAGGAGGCGCGGGAUAUUUUCAAGCCUAUGGACCUUAAUCAUAUCAUCAAACUCCUUGAAGAGACUGAUAAAGAUGAUUUAGAAGAAAAACAGCUUAAAUGGGUUAAGAAACUGGUGCAAUGUUAUCAGAAUGGACUUCCCUUAAGGGAUUUAGCACAGAUAUUUAAAAUUCUGAAUCUGUGUGCAGGAAAGAUUGAAAAACAGCCCUGUUUUGCAGAAUCUGCAUAUGAUAUCCUAAAAUUGUGUGGCUUGCCAUUUUUGAAAAAGAAAGUAUCGGAUGAAAUAACUUAUGCUGAAGAUACUGCUAAUUCAAUUGCGCUUCUGGGUGACUUAAUGAAAAUACCAAGUUCUGAAUUGAGGAUACAAAUUUGUAAGUGUAUUGUUGAUUUUUAUCAUGCAGAACCACCAAAGAAGCAUAUUCCAGGUUACCAGCAAGCUAGUUCAUCAUACAAGAUUCAAAUGGCUGAAGUUGGAGGAUUGGCAAAAACAAUGGUCCAGGCAAUGCACUUGCUUGAAAAUCAACUUGUUGAGAAACUUUGGGUACUGAAAGUUCUACAACAUCUCUCAACUUCUGAAGUUAAUUGUACUUUAAUGAUGAAAGCACAAGCAGCCAGUGGAAUUUGUGCUCACCUCAAUGACCCAGAUCCCUCUGGACAGGUUCUAUUUCGUUCAUCAGAAAUACUUUGGAACUUAUUAGAAAAAUCUUCAAAAGAAGAAAUAAUACAACAGCUUAGUAACUUUGAAUGUUUGCUGGCUUUGAAGGAAGUAUUUAAAAAUCUGUUUAUGAGAGGUUUUAGUCAUUAUGAUCAUCAGCUUAGAAAUGACAUAUUAGUGAUUACUACGAUUAUUGCUCAAAAUCCUGAAGCACCAAUGAUUGAAUGUGGCUUUACUAAAGAUUUGAUACUAUUUGCAACCUUUAAUGAAGUUAAAAGUCAAAAUCCUUUGGUAAAAGGACUUAAGCUUUCUAAUUCCUAUGAAGAUUUUGAGUUGAAGAAAUUGCUAUUCAAUAUAAUUGUGAUCUUAUGUAAAGAUUUACCUACUACACAGCUAUUAAUUGAGGGCAAAGUUGUUUUGGCUUUGUUUACCUAUGUUAAAAAGCCUGAGAAACACAAAAUAAUUGAAUGGUCUGCAGCACAGCAUGAAGAAUUACAGCUGCAUGCAAUUGCCACUUUGUCAUCAGUGGCUCCUUUAUUAAUAGAAGAAUAUAUGUCAUGCCAAGGAAAUGCUCGAGUUCUUGCAUUUCUAGAAUGGUGUGAGAGUGAAGAUCCUUUCUGUAGUCAUGGUAACAGUUUUCAUGGUACAGGUGGCCGUGGCAACAAGUUUGCCCAGAUGCGUUACAGUUUAAGACUUCUGAGAGCCAUGGUCUACCUUGAAGAUAAGACUAUAAACACAGAUCUUUGUGAAAAGGGAGCAAUUCAGCAAAUGAUAGGAAUCUUUAAAAAUAUAAUAAGCAAGCCUAAUGAAAAAGAAGAGGCCAUUGUUUUGGAAAUCCAGUCUGAUAUAUUGCUUAUUUUAUCUGGUCUUUGUGAACAUCAUAUUCAAAGGAAGGAAAUUUUUGGAACUGAAGGAGUAGAUAUAAUUCUUCAUGUAAUGAAAACAGACCCAAAGAAGUUACAAAGUGGCUUAGGCCAUAAUGUACUUCUUUUUAGUACAUUGGACAGCAUUUGGUGCUGCAUUUUGGGAUGUUAUCCUUCAGAGGAUUACUUCCUUGAAAAGGAAGGCAUUUUUCUCCUUUUGGAUUUAUUGGCAUUGAACCAAAAAAAAUUCUGUAAUCUAAUACUCGGAAUAAUGGUUGAAUUUUGUGAUAAUCCCAAAACUGCGGCUCAUGUCAACGUUUGGCGAGGGAAGAAGAAUCAGACAGCUGCUAGUCUUUUAAUUAAACUGUGGAGAAAGGAAGAAAAAGAACUAGGAGUAAAACGUGAUAAAAAUGGGAAGAUCAUUGAUACGAAGAGACCUCUAUUUACUAGUUUUCAAGAAGAGCAAAAAAUUAUGCCACUGCCUGCUAACUGCCCAUCUAUUGCAGUUAUGGAUGUUGCUGAGAAUAUCAGAGCAAAAAUUUACGCUGUAUUGGACAAACUAGAUUUUGAAAAUUUACCUGGCCUAUCCACUGAAGAUUUUGUCACCCUCUGUAUUAUACAUAGAUACCUCGAUUUUAAAAUUGGAGAAAUAUGGAAUGAAAUAUAUGAAGAAAUAAAAUUAGAAAAGUUAAGACCAGUCUCUACAGAUCAAAAAAUUUUAGACACUAUUACAACAGCAUCAGAAAAUAUCGGAAAGAUGGUUGCUUCUCUGCAAAGUGAGAUGAUUGAAAGCCAAGCACGCCAGGACGUACAAAAUGAACAAAAAGCAUAUGCAAAAAUACAAGCUACACACAAGCAAAGAGAACUGGCUAAUAAAUCAUGGGAAAAUUUUGUGGCUAGAACUUCAAAUGCUAAAAUGUUAAAGAAAGCAAAAAGGCUUCAGGAAAAAGCUAUAGAAUCCUCUAGAUACAUUAAACGACCACAAAAUGCAAUAUUGCACCAGACAGAUAUUAAAGGCCUUAACACAACGGUACCCUCUGGUCCAGUAGUAACAGUGAAAAGCACUCCUGCCCGAUUAAUAGGAGGACCUCUGGCUGAUACUGAGCUUGCUCUUAAAAAACUGCCCAUUCGAGGAGGAGCCUUCCAGAAGGUGAAAGCAGUUAAAACUGUGGAUGAACCAAAAAAGAGUAUUCCUACAUCAUAUACUCUAGAGACCUUUUGAAAUAAAUUCUGCUUAUUAUUUUUUAGUUAAAUAUAUCUUUAUAUGUAAAUAUAAAGCAAAUAUUUUAGUAAAAUACUAUAAAAAAUAAAAGUAAGGACAUAUAAUUUAUUUUUAUUGAAAACAUCAACACAUAAUAUCAGAAGAG